ACAAGAAAAAAAAAACACCCAAAAGAACAUGGGCUUUUUAAGACUAAUAUAUGUCAUCCUCCUGUUUUUUGGAGUCAAAGUACACAGCCAAUAUGAAACUUAUCAAUGGGAUGAAGAUUAUGACCAAGAGCCAAAUGAGGAUUAUGAACCAGAAUUCCCAUUUCAUCAAAAUAUUGAAUAUGGAGUUCCCUUUUAUCAGCAUAGUAUAGGCUGUGCCAGUGAAUGCUUCUGCCCAGCUAACUUUCCAACAUCAAUGUACUGUGACAAUCGCAAACUGAAGACUAUCCCAAAUAUUCCAAUGCACAUUCGGCAACUCAACCUUCAGUUCAAUGAAAUUGAGGCUGUGACCAUAGACCCAUUCAUCAAUGCAACUCAACUCCAAGAAAUUAACCUCAGCCACAACAAAAUUAAAUCUCAAAAGAUUGAUUAUGGUGUGUUUGCUAAGCUUCCAAAUUUACUACAACUUCAUCUACAGCAUAACAAUUUAGAAGAAUUUCCAGUUCCUCUUCCUGGAUCACUGGAAAGACUCCUUCUUGGCUAUAAUAAAAUCUCCACACUGCAGACAAAUGCUAUGGAUGGGCUGGCAAAUUUGACUAUGCUUGACCUCUGCUAUAAUCAUCUCCAUGAUUCUACAUUAAAAGAAGAGAACCUUUCCAAAAUGGAAAAACUAAUGCAGCUCAACCUAUGCAAUAACAGGUUAGAAUCAAUGCCUCCUGGGUUGCCUCCUUCACUUAUGUAUCUAUCUUUAGAAAAUAAUUCCAUUUCUUCUAUACCAGACAAUUACUUUGACAAGCUUCCAAAACUUCAUGCUCUAAGAAUGUCACACAACAAACUGAAAGACAUCCCAUAUGGCAUUUUUAACCUUUCCAACCUUGUAGAGCUCAAUGUUGGACACAACAAACUAAAGAAAGCAUUCUACAUUCCAAGAAAUUUGGAACACCUAUACCUUCAAGAUAAUGAAAUAGAAAACAUCAAUGUGACACUGAUAUGUCCUUCUAUUGACCCACUACAUCAUCACCACUUAACGUACCUCCGUGUCGACCAAAACAAGCUGAAAGAACCAAUAAGUUCAUUUAUCUUCUUCUGCUUUCCUCGCAUACACAGUAUUUAUUAUGGGGAACAAAAGAGCACUGAUGGUCAAACAAUACAACUAAAGACCCAAGUGUUUAGGAGAUUUGAUGACGAUGAUGAUGAUGAUGAUGGGGAUGAUGAAGACAACACACUUGAGGGCCAAGAACAAGAAGUAGCAGAAGGGCACUUCUAUCCUCAAUAUUAUGGAGUUCAAGAAUGGCAAGAAACUAUAUAGGGUUACAUUUAUAGCUUCAUAAAACCUUACUCAGUAUAAGUAUAAAAUCAUACUGCUCAAAGCAAUAUAUCUAGAAUUACAUAUCUGUAUAAGAUCAGGGUUACUUUUAAGUUGUUGAUGACAAUGGCCUCAUCUAGACUAUCCUAAAAAUGAUAUGUGUUAUACAUACAUAUAUAAAUAUAUAUGUAUACAUAUAUACGUAUAUACAUAUAUACACACACACAUAUAUAAAAUGUAAGCUGGAAUGACAAAUGGGAAUAAAAUCCAGGCUCUAACAGUUUUGUAAACUUUAAAUUUAGAAAUAUUAUGUUGAAAAACUGAACCAAGUAGAACAUGUUUAAUCAGGGAAAUUGAUCUAGGGAUGAUGAGGGAAGUAGUACUAGCAAUGCAGACCCAGAGCUGUGGCCUUUCAAUCCAUCAAUGACUGGAUAACAGGAAGGCACAUUAACAUAACAAGGGGCUUUUGAUUUAAGAAACAAUUCUUCUGUGACUGUCCCUAUAGAGCUGCAUUCCUCCUUGUACUUAUGAAAUCAUCACUAUGACAACUCUUUCCUGGUUCAGGACUCAAGAUAAUUUUGAUUUUCAAGAGGCCUUUAUACAAAGAAUUCUAGAUGUAUAGAUCCAUGAAAAAAAAAGUUCUAGUUUUUCUAAGCACCAAUGCAAAAAACAAACCUUAAUAAAUUAUAAACUCUGUAUCUGGA